AAAUCUGUGUCAUUAACGUAAAGAAUUAUCCUUUUUCGUUACUUUUUACGGACUCGACGCUACCACAAAGCAAGAACUUUCUGCUGUGCGUAAAUCGAUCAUUGAAUAUUAAUUUGUAAUCAUAAUCGCCAUUUUUAUACUUUUCACAUUCAAGAGCGAUACUCUCUAAUUAUUCUUCUUGGAUUACAAGGUCUCUGUCAAUACUUCUUCGGAUUUGAGACCCCACUCCGUGUCCCUGAUGCCGUUUUCAACCUUCGUAUGCAGAAGAGAGAGAGAGUUCGAAGGAGAAGCCAAGAUUGGUUGCAACCCGAAAUAAUCAGUUAGGACUUCAGUUUUCUUAGGCUUUUUAAACGAGUGAGAGUUUUGUAUUUGAAAGGUAAGAUCUUUGGCAUUUGGGUUCUUUUUUUGCAGAUGAUACGCGUGUUGAUACAUAUUGUAGGGAUUUUUCUUUUAGCAGCUUGUGGUUGAAGUUCAUGGAUGAAUUUUACUUUGAACUCAGCCAUCUGGGUUUCUCUUACAAGUUGAUGUGGGUUUUGCAUUUGAAGUAAUUUGUUAUCGAGUUGUUUUGAAGUGAAAAACUGUUAUGCGAUCAGGGUUUUAGUUAGAAACAUGAUUAGUGAUGUGGGUUUAGCUGGUGAAGGUUGUUUGACUCCAAGGAGGCAACUGUAUUCUGAAGAGUGAAACGUUUGGAUAUCAGGCUUCUUGUUGGUGAAGUUUGCUGAUUUUGAUUUCUAUCAAGUUUGGAAGCUUUGUUUCAGUUGAAAUUGAUAACCGAGUUAUCUUGGAAAUUUUCUUUCUGCACUUGGAAAUAAUAAAACUUUUGUUAUGUGCAUUUUAUGACUUGAAAGUUGGAAGCUUGGAAACUUGGAAUGGCGAUUGCAUCUCCAUCCCCAAAUUCACCCACUUCUGCUGUUCCACCAGAUUCAACUGCUCCACAACCAUCCACUUCUAAUUCGCCACCACCCUCCACCACCACUCCACCACCACAAUCCUCCUCUACUCCACCCGAACCUCCUAUGAUUCCUCCAUCUUCACAGCCCAGUGCCAAUCCAACGGGGGCUCCUGCCUCUUCAAUUCUAUCCCUACCUCCUCAGUUCCUUCCUUCUGCUGUUAUUGCUACUCCGCCUUCUUCAUCAUCAACCUCACCACCUCCAACUUCGCCUUCUACACCUUCAUUCAAUGCCGAUCCUCCAACCUCCAAUUCUACACCACCACCAUCACAACCAGCAACUCCACCCAUAAGUUCACCUCCUCCCUCACUGCCAUCUAAUCCACCAACUUCACCACUACCACCACCCAAUCCACCCGCAAGUUCUCCUCCACCACCACCACCAGCUAAUUCCCCUCGACCAUCAUCACUAAAUCCUCCUUCCUCAGCAUCGCCUCCAUCAUCAAAGCCGCCUGAAAAUUCACCACCGCCUGCCAAUUCACCACCACCCGCAUCUAAGUCACCUCGACCAGCAAAUUCUCCUCCUCCCCCAGUAUCAACCCCCUCCAACGAUUCACCUCCUCCACCAGCAUCAAUAGUCCCUACGCCCAGUAAUGGACCUUCACCCCCUAGGCAAACUCCAAAUUCACCUCCUUCUCAACCGCCACCUUCACCCUCAAACUCUACUAGAGUACCACCCCCAGCACCAGUGAUGAGAUUGGUUCCACCUCCAUCCGACAAAAAUAACAUUCCUAGUUCAUCAGGAAGUCCAAACUCCAAAGAUUUUGGAGGCAUUGGUACUCUAGGUAUAGUGGCUAUUGGUGUAGCAGUGUGUAUCAUAAUGCUCAGCCUUGUUGGGUUGGCCUUCUGGUGCUUGAGGAAGCGGAGUAAAGAAGCACUUGAGCACAGUGGUGGUUAUGUUAUGCCAUCUCCUCCGGGCUCUUUCCUAGGAUCAGAUUCAAAUUUCACCAAGUCACAUUCUGCAGCUCCUGCAAGUUCUAUUAAUGACCCUGUUGUUCAUUCACCAAGUAGUCCUGGUGGAUUAGGCAAUUCAAGGUCAUGGUUUACAUAUGAAGAACUUCUAAAGGCCACAAAUGGAUUUUCAUCCCAAAAUCUUUUGGGGGAGGGUGGAUUUGGUUCUGUAUACAAAGGCUGCUUACCUGAUGGGAGGGAUGUAGCUGUGAAACAGCUUAAAGUUGGUGGAGGACAGGGUGAACGAGAAUUUAAGGCAGAAGUUGAGAUUAUCAGUCGAAUACACCAUCGCCAUUUGGUAUCACUUGUGGGUUAUUGCAUCUCUGAGGACCAAAGAUUGCUUGUAUAUGACUAUGUACCUAACAACACUCUUCAUUUCCAUCUUCAUGGGGAAGGUGGGCCGGUUCUAGGUUGGGCAACACGUGUUAAGAUUGCUGUUGGUGCAGCUCGUGGAAUAGCUUAUCUUCAUGAAGACUGUCAUCCUCGGAUUAUUCACAGGGAUAUUAAAUCAUCAAACAUUCUUUUGGAUAACAAUUUUGAAGCUAAGGUAGCAGACUUUGGGCUUGCCAGGUUAGCUUUUGAUGCAAAUACACAUGUUACAACACGUGUUAUGGGGACUUUUGGAUACAUGGCACCUGAAUAUGCAUCAAGUGGCAAGUUAACUGAGAAAUCUGACGUAUUCUCAUAUGGAGUGGUACUUUUGGAGCUAAUCACUGGACGGAAGCCUGUGGAUGCAUCCCGACCCUUGGGAGAUGAAAGCCUUGUUGAGUGGGCUCGGCCGUUGCUUAGUCAUGCAAUAGCCAAUGAGGAAUUUGACAAUUUGGUUGAUCCAAGGCUUGCAAAGAACUAUGAUGAAAGUGAAAUGGUUAGAAUGAUUGAGGCUGCUGCAGCCUGUGUGCGGCAUUCAGCUGCCAAGAGACCACGGAUGGGACAGGUUGUUAGAGCAUUUGAUAGCUUAGCUACUGCAGAUCUAAGCAAUGGAAUGAGACUUGGGGAAAGUGAGGUAUGCAACUCAGCAGAACAGUCUGCACAAAUAAGAUUAUUUCGGAGGAUGGCUUUUGGUAGUCAAAAUUACAGUACAGAUUUUUUUACCCAAGAUAGCAUGGAUGGUUAAGAGGACAUGGUGAAUAUUAGCAGAGAUAAAUACAUCUACUGACAGUGGACACACACAGCCUUUUGCAAGUUGAUGCUGAUUUAGUUGGAGAGGGACUCACCUUUGGAAUUGACUGCAUCUAGCAUAAGGAUUGGAUUUCAAACCCCUUCUUUUUUCUUGUAACUAUCUCUUGCAAAUUUUGUUCCUGCAGAAAUAAAAUGAUUCAAUUUUGUUUGUUCU